UCUCGUUCAAUGAACCCCUUGCAGGAAGAUAUCAUUUUCAUGGCGGUAUUGGAUAUCACCAUAUUAUAAUUUGUAGAAACCUUACAAGAUACCUGGAAUGUAAAAUUAGUUCAGUUCUAUAUUUCAGUUCACUAUGUAUAGCAGAGAAAAAAUUAUAAAUGGACUUGUGCACUUUGCCAGUGAAUUGCUGUGAUUUUGUUGUUUGUGACAAUUGCAAUUAUACCGUAAUUGGUAUUAAGUGAGUCUAGUAGUUGAAAAAAUUCCUAGACUGAAAUACAAAAUGGAACCAGAAGAAGGUAAUCGCCUCUGUCUUCCAUUACAAAAAAUUAGUUUCGGAUUGGGUCAUGUUUUUAACGAUUUAUGUGCUGCCAUGUGGUUCAGUUAUACACUGUUCUACCUCCAAGUGGUUCUGACUAUGGAAUCUAGAACGGCAGGAUUAUUGCUGAUGAUUGGUCAAGUUGUAGAUUCUGUAUCAACCCCCAUGGCCGGAUGGAUUGUCGAUCAUUGUGGCCACCGCAAGCUCUGUCAUUUAGGAGGUACAAUAGCGGUUUCUGUUGGUUUCUGUAUGAUUUUCUCUAUGAAACCAACAACGUAUAAUACUUCAGCAUUAACAUAUUACGCUUUGGUCAUAUCAGUCUUUCAAAUAGGAUGGGCCAUUGUUCAAAUUUCUCAUUUAUCGAUAAUCCCCGAAAUAUCGAGAAGUCAUAGUCAUAGUUCAGAUUUAACUGCUAUCAGUCAGGAAAUUGCCCUUCUGAUAACAUUCAUAGGGCUGCUUUCUUCUAUGUUAUUUUAUUGUGGUCUCUUGGGAACAUAUGAAAAUGAAUAUGAAACCAUUGGAGAGACGGAAAUUGAAGACGCUAACACACUCCACAAUCACAAUGGAAAACAUUUUUUGAAAUCUUUCGUCAUAUAUUGUGUAUCGGUAAUGUACAUGACAUCGAGAUUAUUCACAACACUGAAUUUGAUUUAUAUUCCGCUUUAUAUAAACGAAAGAGGUGCAUUGAAUGACGUUGACAAGGAGAAAGUUAGAGAAACAAUUGCUACAGUACCAUUGGCCUCGUAUAUAUCCUCCUUCUUGACAGCAAUAUUUUUGAAAUUUAGAAUAGAGAUAUUCACUGAUAAGGUAACUUACUUUAUUGGAUCUCUCAUCGGACUUGUUGCAUCAAUUUGGAUAGGCAUAGGAGUGUCCCAAGACUCUGAUGGACAACUUUUUGUGAUUGCUACAUUGUUAGGCAUCAGUGGAUCCUCGACUAUGGUUAGCAGUUUGUGCAUAACGGCGAACUUUGUGAAAACUAAUGGCUGUGGAGGUGGACUUGUGUACAGUUUGGUUACUUUUACCGACAAAUUGAUAUCGGGAUGUGUUGUUCUGUUGAUCCAAAAUUUGCAAUGUUCUCCCAGUAGCUUGUGUCCUCAUUUUUACGAAAAUGUCUUGUCUUAUAUAUGUGCAGUGGUUACUUUGGUAGGACUAUUGUCUUUGAUUUUACUACAGCUACAAAUAAGGAAGAAUUCUCAAAGGAUCUGAUGCAGUAUUGAAAGAAUUGAUGAGCGAGAUUCUUGUGGCAUUUGGUACAGUCAGUUAUCAAUCAUUGGAUAUAUUGAACAAUGCGCUUAUUGUAUGACGGUCAUUACGAAUAUUUCAAAUGUAAAAUGUCAAAUGAAAGAUCUAAUAAACUGUGUUUAUUUUAA